GCCACGGGAUGUGACCAAAUGUCAGUAUUUGAAAAUGUGGAAAUGAGAACGAUGUGAAACUGAACUUGUCAGUGCACUCUGCUGGACAAAUUAUGUAAUGGAGAGAAUUUCAAAAUUACCUGAAACCUAUUUUUCUAUAAUUCAUUUUGUUGUCAUGUUAUUGGCUAACAUACCGUAUACCCAAGUGCUGAUAUCUGUGCUGUGCUCAGGAUUUCUUGGUAGAGCUCUGUUACUGAUGUAUCUAUUUAAGUGUGUAUGUCAGGAAGCUUUAGUCAGACAGCUGCCAGAAUGCAGCAGCUUCUUCCUCCACUCUCAGGUGAUGGCACAGGGGGGAGUUGAACUCUGCUUCCCACAACUGCUCAACUCUUCCUGCACAAAACCGGAGCCUCCUCGCUUUGACACUGUACUUCUUUACAUUCUACUGUUCUCCAUCUCCCUUCUCACUGCUGCUCUCAACCUUCUGGUCAUCAUCUCUAUUUCCCAUUUCAGGCAUGUGUCAUUCACAGCAUACAAUAAAAUGUUGUCAUAUUUUCUUCAGAUUUCUAGGAAGAAGUGGAUCUGGACUGUGUAAGCCCAGAUAUCAUCACAUACUUGCUAUUCUGGUCUACUAUUUUGAUAUAUUGGGGUUUUUAUCAUUAUUGCUUUUUGCACACUUUGAUAAUAUGGAUGAUAGUUUUCACAAUGAUGAUAUUCUCUGGUGACAGGUGUCUCCACACACCCACCAACUUCCUGCUCCUCUCUCUGGCUGUCUCAGAUUUUCUUGUGGGCUCUCUGCUGAUACCAGUUGAAAUACUCCUGACAGAGACCUGCUGGAUCCUGGAUGACCUCAUGUGUGUGCUAUAUUAUCUGUUGCCAGUCAUCAUAAUCUCUGCCUCCGUGGGAAACAUGGUACUCAUUUCUGUUGACCGCUAUGUGGCCAUUUGUGACCCUUUGCAUUAUUCCAUCAAAGUCACUCAAAAGGUUGCUGCAUUAUGUAUUUUCCUGUGUUGGAUUUGUUCUGUUUUCUAUAGCAUUAUCCUUUUAUAUGAUAACCUGAAACAACCAGGCAAGUAUAAAUCCUGCAACGGUGAAUGUGUUGUCAACAUUACAGGAGCUGUUGAUCUUGUUGUUGGCUUCAUUAUUCCCAUUUCUGUUAUCAUACUUCUGUAUAUGAGAGUGUUUGUGGUGGCUGUGUCUCAAGCUCGUGCCACGAAAUUAAGCAUUGCAACUGUCUCACUCAAGCAUUCAAAAACUAUGAAAGUUGAGAAAUCUGAGUUAAAAGCUGCCAGGACACUGGGUAUUCUUAUUAUUGUGUUUCUGAUGUGUUACUCCCCAUAUUACUGUGUCUCUCUCACAGGCCAUGACAUCCUCAUCGGUUCUUCAGCUGAGGCAUUUGUGAUUUUCCUUAUGUAUUUUAAUUCUUGCCUUAACCCCCUCAUCUAUGCUCUUUUCUAUCCCUGGUUUAAAAAAGCUAUUAGACUUGUUGUCACAUUACAGAUACUACAGUCUGACUCCCAUGAGGCCAACAUACUAUAAAGAGACACUGUGGCAUACAUGUAUCUAUAUUAAUCUAUAAUUUCAAAACAGUUUUUUAGUUUUCAGCAGCUGAAAAUAAUCAUCUGAACCA